AUGAAGAAGGCCAUGAAGACUGCGGGUUUACUGGCCGAGAAAUUGACGUACCCGACUGUGCGCCGUGGAGACCUGGUGGAGGCGCUACAUGGCGUGCAGGUGGCGGAUCCGUACCGUUGGCUUGAGGACCCGGACUCGCCUGAGACGCGUGAAUUCGUCACCAAGCAGAAUGAAGUGACGCAGCGUGUAUUGAACCAAAUGCCGUUCGUAGCGGAGACAAAGGCGCGCAUGACGGAGCUGUUCAAUUAUGAGAAAUUCUCGGCUCCACGUAAGCACGGAGGCAAGUACGUUUUUACUAAGAACGACGGACUGCAGAACCAGAGCGUGUUGUACAUCCAGGAUGAGCUUCAUUGCGAGCCGCGCGUGCUGUUAGACCCCAAUCUUCUAGCUGAGGACGGCACAGCUGCGCUCUCUAGUCGCGCCUUCUCGGAGGCCAAACUUGGAGACGGCAAGCUCUUCUUUGCGCACGGAAUCUCACGUGGAGGCUCGGAUUGGCAGACUAUCAAAGUCAUGGCGGUGCACGACAACAACAAGAUAUUGGACGACACAGUGGAGUGGGUCAAGUUCUCCAGCAUCUCCUGGACACACGAUGACAAGGGAUUCUUCUACUCACGGUACCCUCCUCCUGACAAAAUGAAGGACGACAAGCACGACGAUGCAGAGGGACCCAAGAGAGGCACCGAGACGGACUCCAACAUGAACCACCAACUCUGGUACCACAAGCUGCACACGCCACAAUCUGAGGACAAACUGGUGUACGCGUAUCCGACUGAACCGACGUUUAACGUCGGCGCUGAGGUCUCGGACGACGGCAAGAAGCUGCUGCUCUACGUCCAGGAUGGCUGCAAGAACGCCAACAUGAUCCACGUCGCGGAUUUGAGUGAUUUUGAGAGCUUCCUGAAGGGGCCAAGUGACGCAACGAUCUCAGUGACGAAACUUGUGGACAACAUGGACGCUGCGUACUCGUAUAUCCUGAAUGACGGUGACUACUACUACUUUAAGACCAAUGCCAAUGCCCCACGCGAGCGUGUGGUGCGUACCAAGCUCAGUGCUGAGCCUGUGUGGGAAGAAGUGAUCCCAGAACAGCCGGACGCCAUCGUGAUCGAGGGUGUGCACCCUGUAGCGCCGAACCUUCUGGUCGUGCAGCUCGUCAAGGACGUGCACAAUGAGCUGCAUGUGUAUAACCUUGACGGUGUGUUCCAGUACGAGAUUUCGCUGCCUAGUGUCGGCACUGUGGGGGUGGCCAGCAAACGUACCGAGUCGGAGCUGUUCUACCACUUCAUCUCGUUCCUGUAUCCGGGCUCCAUCUUCCGUAUUGACCUGUCCAAGAAGGCUGCAACGUCUGGAACAGUGCCUGAAGCUGAGCUCUUCCGUGAGACCAAGGUGAAAGACUUCGAUCCGAGUCAAUUUGAAGCCGAGCAAGUGUUCUAUCCGUCCAAGGACGGCACCAAGAUCCCCAUGUUCCUUGUGAAGCGCAAGAAUGCACCGAAGAACGGCGAGUUGCCCGUGUAUUUGUACGGCUACGGAGGCUUCAACAUCUCGCUCACUCCGGCUUUUAGUGUCUCGAGACUUGUGUUCGUGCAGCACUUCAAUGGAAUGUUGGCCCUGCCUAACCUUCGUGGCGGUGGCGAGUACGGAGAGCAAUGGCACCAGGACGGGAUGCUCCACAAGAAGCAGAACGUGUUCGACGAUUUCCACGGCGCUGCUGAGUAUCUGAUCAAAGAAGGCUACACGAACUCGGAGAAGAUCGCGAUCCACGGUGGCUCUAACGGCGGUCUGCUAGUGGCAGCGACCAGCAACCAGCGCCCUGAUCUCUAUCGCUGCGUUGUGGGCGCUGUGGGCGUCAUGGACAUGUUGCGCUUCCACAAGUUCACUAUUGGCCACGCUUGGCGCACCGAUUACGGCGAUCCAGACGUGGCUGACGACUUCCACUACAUCCGUCGCUACUCGCCAGUGCACAACGUGCCCCAAGCUGACAGUCCGAUCAUGCAGAAGCUGGCAGGACGUGGAGGAUUCCCGUCAGUGCUGCUCACCACAGGCGACCAUGACGAUCGUGUGGUGCCUCUGCACUCGUACAAACUUAUAGCCGAACUUCAGCGUCAGCUGGGGAACUCGGAGACGCAGACGAACCCUCUGCUUAUUCGUAUUGACACCAAGUCUGGUCAUGGAGCUGGGAAACCCACCACCAAGAUCAUCGAGGAGACGUCCGAGGUGUUUGCCUUCAUCGCGUGGAACCUCGACGCUCCCUUCGUCGCCUAA